GCAGAGGAUGAGAUAAGUCCACAACAUAGCCUCCACACUCGGGACAGAGGAGCACUGGCAGAAUGGGCAAUAACCAGAGCAAUGAGACGCUGCACUGUAACCGCUAUCUGAAUGGACAGGGCCCCCCUUCGCUGGAGAAGGCAGCUCACGACGGCCCUGCUGCCCCCACCACCCAGCCUCAGGGUCAGAUGACGUGGGUGGUGCUGCACAGAGAUCUGCCUGGGUACCCAGAUAACAACACCCUGCAGGUCAACUUCACCUUUCCUGAGGGAGUGCAGACGACGGGCCACCCCCGGCCCGGGCAGCCCUACCCCAGCCUGCGCCUCUGUGCCUACCUGCCCGACAGCCAUGAGGGCCGCAAGGUUCUGGCCCUCAUGGAGAAAGCCUACAACCAGCAGCUGCUCUUCACUGUGUCCACAGACGUCCACGGAGAGGACGUAGUGUGUUCCACCUCUGUGCCCUUGAAGACCCAGACAGAGGGGGGCUCUAUCAUGAAUGGUUACCCAGACGAAGACUACCUGAAGAAAGUGAGGACAAUCCUGAAGGAGAAGCUCAAUGACUGAGACAAGAGGCUUAUGAGGGAUCGACCAAUCUGAGGGGUUGACCGAUCGUAAUGGACUGUGACCUGCAACAAAACCUGAAGCUUUAAGAAUGUAAUAUUUAAGUGUAAUGCUGUAAUUGUGCUGAAUAUUUAUCUAAUCUGUAUUUGUGAGUAAAGUUGAACUCUUACAU